AUGAGUCUAUCAGUCGCCCGACCUUUAGUGUCGGUAUACUCUGAGAAGAGUGAGGUGGUGCCUGGCUCCUCCAUCGCUCUUCCCUUUGUGUUCAAGGCGCCCAUCCGCCCAGACCUUGUUAACGAUGUUCACGUUUCUAUGUCCAAGAACUCUAGGCAGCCAUACUGCGUUAGCAAGGAGGCUGGUCACCAAACCAGCGCCGAGUCAUGGGGUACCGGUCGUGCCGUAGCCCGUAUUCCACGUGUCCGUGGUGGUGGUACCCAUAGGGCGGGGCAGGGUGCGUUCGGCAACAUGUGCCGCGGCGGACGCAUGUUCGCGCCCACUAAGCCGUGGCGGCGCUGGCACCGGCGCGGCAACCUGCGCCAGCGCCGCGCGGCUGCCGCCGCCGCCGUGGCAGCCGCCGGCGUGCCAGCGCUCGUGCAGGCCCGCGGUCACAUCAUUGAGAAGAUUCCUGAACUACCUUUGGUAGUCUCUGACAAGGUCCAAGAGAUCAAUAAGACCAAGCAAGCUGUCAUCUUCCUCAGACGCAUCAAGGCCUGGUCUGAUGUAUUGAAGGUGUACAAGUCGCAACGACUUCGUGCCGGUAAAGGAAAGAUGCGUAACCGUCGUCGCAUACAACGCAAGGGCCCCCUCAUUAUUUAUUACAAGGACCAGGGUCUUACUCGCGCUUUCCGUAACAUCCCUGGCGUAGACCUACUCAAAGUUGACAAGUUGAACCUUUUGAAACUGGCCCCUGGUGGCCAUGUUGGACGCUUCAUCAUCUGGACUCAGUCUGCUUUCGAGAGGCUUGAUGCCCUAUUCGGCUCCUGGAAGACACCAUCAAAGGAAAAGAAGAACUUCAACCUACCACAGCCCAAGAUGGCCAACACUGACCUGACCCGUUUGCUCAAGUCUGAAGAGAUCAGGAAGGUCCUGCGCGCGCCUAACAAGCGUGUCAUACAUUCUCCACGCAAACUGAACCCGCUCACCAACUCGAAGGCUAUGCUGAGACUGAAUCCGUUCUCGGCAGUGUUGAGAAGGAAGGCCGUGUUAGACCAGCAGAGGAAAAACAACCAGAGAGCGUUGGCUUUGGCUGAAAAGCGCGGUAUAAAGCUGUCUUCUAAGGACCCAGCUGUUAAAGCCGAGAAGCUCCGCGAGAGAAGACAAAAGCUUCUAAAGCUUGCCGCUGCCAAGAAGACAAAGAAGCCGGCGGCCAAGAAGACAGCCCCUCCCCCGCCUAAAAAGAAGGCGAAAGAAACAAAGGCUGCGCCUAAGAAGUAA